AGCGGAUUUUAACCGUUAACACUGCUGCCUAGCUGCUGCAGCCGCGGCCGAUGCUGUUGUAAAUAUAUAUAUUAAUGAAGAAAUACAGCUGCUCCUCCUCCUCGUUUGUGUGUGUAAGACGAGAGGGAAGAGUUGUCAGCCUGCCAGGACGGUAGCUGCUGUGCUAGCCGGUCUGCAUCAGUCUGAAUUGAAACCCGAUCUCCACAGCAAAUGUGGGAGGCGCCAUGGGCACGCUUCGACUCAUGAGGUGCCGGGGGAGAGAGACAGUGAGGGGAACACCAACACUGCCAGCUAAUAUCCAUUAGUCACUGAAGAUCAGAAAUCAAAGCACAGCUUACCUGUGCAAAGGGAAAGAAGGAUACAUACAAAACAAAGCGACUGGCUCCUUGCCGGCUUGAACUGCCACGCCGCCGUGUUCCAGCGCUUGGAUUUUUUUAAAAAAAUAUUUAUUAUAAUUUUAUUUCAGUAGUAAUAUAGGCAGCAAACAGCAACAGACUGUUUUAGAAGCUCGUGUUUUUUGUGAUUGUUUUUUUUUUUUUUUUUAAACCGCCCACUCACUGUCGCUGCAUGGAAAAGGAAAGCCUGGUCCGUGCCGGAAUAACUAAGGCACUAAAACUCAAGUAAACACGCGAUGAGGAACAAGAAGGGACGUCAAGUGAAAGAUUAUUAUCUGGGGUAAAAAACCGGUUCUGUACAAUAGAACGAGCGCUGUGCUGGUUUAUUAUGUAGUGUUUACUUGACGCCAUAGUAGAUACAGUAUAUACCGUUUUUUUUGUUUGUUUGUUUUUUAUGGACAAUAAAGUGGGUUCCACAAACGUUUUUCCGUGAGAACAUCAUCUAAAUUGAGGAUUUAUUAUUAUUAUUAUUAUUAUUAUUAUUAUUAUUAAUAAUAAUAUAGUGAUUGAUGUUAUUAUGUGUUAUUAAUUAUUGAGUUAUUAUAAUAAUAAUAAUAUUUGCCGACCCCCCAAAAAUAAAGUAUGCCGGCUGGAAUUAAACCGUUGGAAAAGUUCUUGAAGAAGCAGACCUCGGCUCUGAGCCGCGCGGGGGGCUUCGGGGAGAAGGGGGGGAGCGGGGGACCCCGAAGGAGAUCCAGCGUCUCCCGCGUCCUUCCCUUCUUCAGGGACCUGUCACCGGAGUCAGCCCAGCCGCCGCAGGAGGUGUUCAGCCCGGACGCGGACGAGGCUCCGUCCUGGCCGCCAGGGUCUGGAGCUCCCGCUCCCGCCGCCGCCGCCGCGGCGUCCUCGUCCUCCUCCCGCUCCGACUCGCGGAGCCCCUCGCUCUCGAGCGACGAGCAGGGCGCCCCCGAGGGCAGCCUCGAGACCCCAACCGCCACUGCCGCCUCGGGGGGGCCGCCGCUCGCGCCGGACACACCUGAGAACCUGGUGCUCGCGCUGCUGGACGGCGUCACGGGGAGCAAGAGACAGGGCGGGAAGAGCGCGGAAAUCCUGCUUGAUGACUUCAUGCUCACUCACCCCAUUUUCCUCUCUGCAGACAAGCUGCAGCAGGUCCUCCUGCAGGAGUUCCGCGCUGACAGGAAGUCCCACGAGGGCUGGCGUAGGUUCGACACUGCGGACAGGAAGCAGGCCAUCCUGAGCGUGGCAUUCCGAUACCUCGAGACGUACCGCCACCUGCUGCAAGAGGAGGGGGAGAAAUCACAGGUCUUCCCCAAGGAGCUGUGUGUGUGUGCACUACAGGAUCUCACUGUGUACCCCGAGCUGGUGGAGGAGGUUCUCAAACUGCAGCGCUGGACUGAGACCCUACAGGACCAGGCUCUGGAGGAGAGCGACAGUAAGAAACCGGUCCGGCCGCUCUUCAGACACUUUCGUCGGGUCGACGCCUGCCUGCAACCCAGAGAGGCCUUCCGGGGCUCCGACGAGAUUUUCUGCCGUGUGUACACCCCCGAUCACUCCUACGUGACGAUCCGCAGUCCUCUGUCCUCCAGCGUGCAGGAGAUCCUGGCUCUGGUCUCAGAGAAGCUGCAGUACAGCGGGGAGCAGGAGGGGCAGCAGGAGGCGAUGGUGCUGGUGGCAGUCACCUCGUCCGGGGAGAAGGCUGUUUUCCGCCCCAGUGAAGACUCUGUGUUCACCACACUGGGAGUGAACACUCACCUGUUCGUCUGCGAGCCCGCGCGACUGGGGACCCUGGUUCCCCUGCCAGAGGAGAUCCACUGGUCCCCUGGUGACAGCAGGCUGCACGACAUGAGCGCCGAGGAGGUGGCCAAUCAGCUGCUAGCGUUCGACUGGGAGCUCUUCAGCUGUGUGCAUGAGGUGGAGUUUGUGCGCUACGUGUUCCGUGGAGAGGAGGCUCGCUGGCGCCCCCUCAAUCUGGAGCUGGUACUGCAGCGCUGCAGCGAGGUCCAGCACUGGGUGGGCACUGAGAUCCUGCAGUGCCAGUCUCUGCCCAAGAGGGGGCAGCUGCUGCGCAAGUUCAUCAAGAUCGCAGUGCUGUGCAAACAGAACCAGGAUCUGCUGUCCUUCUUCUCUGUGGUGCUGGGGCUGAACAACCCAGCCCUGAGCCGACUGCGCCACACCUGGGAGGGGCUGCCCGGCAAAUUUAAGAAACAGUUCCAGCAGCUGGAGAGCAUCUCGGACCCCUCCCGAAAUCACAAGUCCUACCGGGACCUUCUCUCCAGCCUCAGGGCCCCCGUCAUCCCCUUCACCCCGCUGCUCCUCAAAGACUUGACCUUCCUUCACGAGAGCAGCAAGACUUUCCACGGGCCGCUGGUGAACUUUGAGAAGAUGCACAAGGUUGCAGAGAUGGUCCGGACCAUUAGGAGUUACAGGAGCCACCCACCCACUCUGGACACAGACUCCUCUCCCUCGUACCUGCAGGCCAAGGCCUUUGUCCGGCAGCUGCAGGUCAUCGACAAUCAGAACCUGCUCUUCAACAUGUCCUACAAACUGGAGCCCAAAGACACCUGAGACCCCCCCCGGACAGUGAUGUGUGUAACACAGAGAGAGAGAGUGUGUGUGUGUGGAUGUAUAUAUGUAAAUAUUUAAAAGACAAGGAGUCUAUAUUUUGUGUACAAAGCAUAUGAAAAGAUAGCAAAGUAUGUGUAUAUAUAAAAAAUAGGUAGAAUUUUUUUUUUCUUUUCUUCCUCCAUUCCAGUUAAACCGUAUCCCUGACUCGCCCUGUUUAAUUUUUGUUUUGUGAUCCUUUGAUAAUAAACUCAGUCAUGCAGACAGACGCUUCGACUGAGGAGGGUGAAGAGACCAGAGAGUUACAUCAUCUGCAUUAACACAGCAGUGCUGCUGUAGUAGGAGGGCCUUGAUAAAACUUCCCCACACUAAAGGCAUAGCAAAGUGUAAUGAAGCACAGUGACAGCAUUGUAAAGCAUAGAGAGGCAUAGUAAAGCAUAGGGAAGCAUUGUAAAGCAUAGGGAAGCAUUGUAAAGCACAGAGAGGUCUGGUAAAGCAUAGGGAAGCAUUGUAAAGCACAGAGAGGUCUGGUAAAGCACAGGGAAGCAUUGUAAAGCACAGAGAGGUCUGGUAAAGCAUAGGGAAGCAUUGUAAAGCACAGAGAGGUCUCGUAAAGCAUAGGGAAGCAUUGUAAAGCACAGAGAGGUCUGGUAAAGCAUAGGGAAGCAUUGUAAAGCACAGAGAGGUGUGGUAAAGCAUAUUAAAAACCAUGACAGACUGGUAAAUGCAUGGUAUAAGCAGGGGGAAAGCAUUUGGGGGGGGGGGGGGGGGGGGUGCUGUUAUGAGGGCCUCUUGUCACGCCAGUCCUGUUUGUUGCUUUGCUUGGUUUGUUUCACAGCAGCCUGCACCAGAUUGUAUUCAUUGUAAUUAUACCGCUGGGGGUCACUUACUUUUUUUUUUUGAUUUUUUUUUCAAAAGUAAUACAUUGUAAUGAGUUACAGUAACUUGUAACUGCAGCAGAUUACUGUUUAAAAUUAACUUCCUCAGAUCUAACUGCCCCCCCCCCCCCCCCC